AUGGGGUCUGAUCCGCAAUUUGCCAAAUAUCCUGACCUCAGCCUUGCUCAGCACAUAUUCUCUCUAGCCACCGCUCCCAGGACAGCACAACCGACUUCUCUAAACUACCUUCAAAAUGCCAUCAAAGAGCACAAGAUGGCCCCUCUGUACCGCCACCUGGCUCACCCAACUGAAGGUGUCUUGAACACAAUCGGCGAGAGCACUGCUCAACCUGUAAAUCCUCCGCAGAAGCCCUCCACGAGACGAGCCUCUCUGGUAUCGAGUAACCUCUUACCGCCUAAGAAAUCCGUGCCCUCAGGAAUUCUACCUUGGGAUGAAAACCUGUACAAUGAGCUCAAGGCUGAGAAUGACAAAGAGCUGGAAGAGUUUCAGAAGGAGGAAGAGGACGCCGAAGAGAAGGCUGGCGAGACAGAAGUGCAGGCUGCUCGGAGCAAGAGGGCAGACUUCUGGGCUCGCGUUGGAGACAAGGACAAAGCAAUUGCUGCCUACGAGAAAGUCCUAGACAAGGCCGGCCCUCUCGGGACCAAGAUUGACAUCGUUCUUGCUAUCAUCCGCAUCGGCCUCUUCUUUAACGACAAAGCGUUUGUGAAGAAGCAGGUGGAGCGCGCGAAUAUUCUGGUCGAGGGCGGCGGUGACUGGGAUCGGAGAAACAGAUUAAAGGCAUACAAAGGACUACAUCUCCUCACUGUGCGCUCCUAUAACCUAGCCGCGCCCUUGCUACUCGACAGCCUUUCCACCUUCACCAGCUACGAACUAUGCUCCUACUCGUCCCUGGUCACAUAUGCAGUCCUUGCAGGCUCGUUGUCACUAAAGCGUGUUGAUUUCAAGGCCAAGGUGGUGGAUGCGCCGGAAAUUAAAGCCAUCCUGGGUGACGGCGAAGACAAGGCUACUGGUGCAGAUGAAGAGAUGAAGGAUGUGUCGGCGUCCACAGCAGAACGAGCAGCUGGUCUUGUAAACUUGACAACUCUCGGUUCGGGAUCGGCAGUGGAAAGCCAAACAGAAGCGCCUGUGGAUAUGUCAUCGUUGGCAGGCCUGGUCAACAGCUUGUACGCUGGCAACUAUCGCGGCUUCUUCACCUCCCUCGCAGGGGUGGAGGAGGCCUUCUUGGCGCACGACCGAUACCUGUAUGAGCAUCGUGCUUGGUUUGUGCGGGAGAUGCGUCUUCGAGGCUACCAGCAACUCCUACAAUCAUACCGGGUGGUGGGACUAGCGACCAUGGCAUCGGCAUUUGGGGUCAGUGUUGAUUUCCUGGACAAGGAUUUGGCCAAAUUCAUCGCGGGUGGACGGGUUAGCUGCACUAUCGAUCGGGUUCAAGGAGUGAUUGAAACCACGCGUCCCGACGACAAGAACAAGCAGUAUGCCGAUGUGGUCAAGCAAGGCGACGCCCUGAUUACCAAGCUGCAAAAGUAUGGACAGGCUGUAAGAUUACGGGGAAGCGAACGUGCUUAG